AUGUCAAUGGAGCGUUUGUGUCUUAUCAUCUGCAGCAUCUGUGUCAUCGCUGUACCAAGUCGUACCCAUGAAAAUAAUACAUUGCUCUUGCAUUCUCCACCCGAUCUCCAUGUCUGGCUGGGAGGAAUUGCUAUAUUCACCUGCAACCUAACAGCGCUGAACUUCACUCCUAAAGAUGUUAACUGGUAUAAGGGAAACCGUACCCAAUCAACAAAAAUCGCAGAUGUAAAGUAUGCUGAUAGUAACAGACUCAACAUCACUAAAGAUUGGGAGCAGAAAAUAGCUGUACUGCACAUACAAAAUGUAACACUGAAUGACAGCGGACAAUAUUAUUGUGGGCAUGUAAAUGUCGAAGGAAAUGGUCAAAUCUUUAUCAGCAACACAUCUGAUCUGACUGUGAAUAAUGUCUCUUAUUCAGCUACAACAGGUCCUGACCAAACUAAGAAAGGACCAACAGACAAUAAUGCCAUGGCCUCACGACAAAGGGCUACUAUAGCUACGUCCAUUCUUCUGGUUCUUCUCCUACUGCUUCUCAUUGGAAUCACCACUUUUAUUGUGUGGUAUAGACAACGAAACAAGAUGCCGCAUCCUCAACUAAGACAUCUGGAAAAACCACCCCAGGAUGCUAAUGUGUACACCGUUGACUAUGGUGUGUUAGAUUUUGGGAAUAAUCAACCCUCCAGGAAAUCAGCAGAAAUAUCCAUACAGGAGCAAGUGGAAUAUGCUACAAUCAUGUUCCCAUAA